AUGCCUUCAGAGUACCCAAGCUCCGCCUUGCAAGGGCCCUUCGCGCACGAGCAGUCAGAGAACACAGGCCUGCAGGGACGCCCCUCCAGGCGAGGCCUCCGCCCGCCGUGGCUAACACCCCCGAGGGAAGCCGAGCACCGCGUGCCCCAGGACAAAGUGGAGCCCCUGUUCACGGGACUCGUGUCUGCCUCGCAGCUCGUCACGACCGCACCGGCCUUUGGCAAGCCGGGUGCUUGCUGCCCGCUGGAGGAAGGCGACGCCGACAAGGCACGCCACGCGGUCCACACACAGACUGAUGCGCUGGCAUCUCGGGAGGAAUUCGGGCAAAAGGCUGAGCAGAGAGGGACUCAGGACAAGCCAGGCCCGGACAAGGCCCCUGAGGGCCGGGCCCCUGAGGGCCGGGCCCCAGGGCCGGGAGCAGGCCUGAAUGAAUUACGGAAUAUGUUGGAAAGAUUUGAAGGUGACAUUAAAAAGGUUCUUCAUGCAAAGAGAAAAAGAUUUAUAACGAGCACCAAUUCUUCUGUCAAAACUAUUAACCAGAAAAUUGAGCAUGUUUGGAAAACCCAGGAAGAGCAAAGGCAGAAGCUUUACCGCGAAUAUUCUCAGCAGUUUCUGACUUUGUUUCUGGAGUGGGAUAUAAGUGUGCAGAAAACCAAGGAAGAAGAGGAAAAACUAGCUAAUUUGUGUCAUGAGCAACAAAAGAUUUUUCAACAAGCUAGAAUUGUUCAGAGCCGGAGGCUGAAAAAAAUUAAAAAUCUAUAUGACCAGUUCUUAAAGAGUAUGGCGGACUUUGAGAAGGAUCACGAACAUCUUCUUACUGAUGAGCAAAGUGAAGUUAGACAAGGAAUGGCCAUGUUGCAGGACACAAUUGUGAUGGAAACUCAGCAGCAAGAGCUGGCAAUUGUUCGAAAGUCUCUUCAAUCCCUGUUAUUCUGA